UUCUUCUCUGGAAAUCCUGCUUGCGGGACUGAAGCCUUUCACCCACUAUGAGCUGGCUGUGAGGUCUAAUGGACAGUACACUACGGGACCCUUCAGUGGUACCUUGAAGGAGUCCACGCUGCCUGACCGACCAUCCACGCCACCUGAGGAACUGCAGCUGAGUGCUCUAGGCUCCUCGUCUGUGCUGGUGAGUUGGCGCCCUCCUCUGGAACCAAAUGGCAUCGUUAUAAGCUACAGGAUUUUGUACACUGUCAACCUGAGUGAGCCUGAGCACCAAUGGAGAAAUCUCUCUGAGGACGGAGGGAUCUUUAGUGCAGAGGUCCAUGGUUUGUCAGGGGGCACUCAGUACUUCUUUAAAGUGGGAGCUUCUACGAAAGUGGGACCAGGGCCUUUUUCAGCUGUUAUGGAUGUUUGGACUCCCCUGCCCACGUAUGAGCUGGACAUUCAUGCAGUCACGGGCAUCAUAGUCGGUGUUUGUUUGGGACUCAUUUGCAUACUCCUCUGCAUGUGUUUCAGCUUUCAAAACAGCAAAUCCAGAGAACUAUCUGGAGGUCUGAACUCCACAGUUGUGACACUACAGUACAGGAAAGGUGGCUGCCCUGCUCCAGCCAAAGUGCAAGAGUGCAGUGAUAGUCAUGAACUGGAAACACUGAUGCCUCCAGGCACCCAGGAGUCGGGUCAGCAGCCAACAAAUGAUCCAGAGGAGCAGAGUCUGAUGGCAAGUUCUAAUCCAGGGGAGGGGGAAGAUGGUCCUUCGCCUGAACCAAAGACUGCUUGGAACGGCUCUGUGAGUCAUAAUUGGGUCAACAGGAUCACAAGAUACAGAGACACCAUAACAGAAGAGUCUCCAACGCUGCUUAAUGGAGCCCUCAACAUGUUUAUUACUGCAACUGCCAUGGAACUAGACAACCAUCUCUGUACGUCUCUGUGCAGUAACCAGGUGGAGGCGGAGGUCAUCGUUCACUCUGAGUUGUCAGAGCCCAGUGGGGGGGAGAAAGACGAGGACAACAAGAUGGAUUCUAACACCACCAGGGGACCCUCAUUAUCAGAGGAUGCAUCUUCCCCUUUGAGUGAGCCAAGUUUGCCAGGAGGAGAGGAUCCUCUAGAAGAUCUUUCGAUAACUGAAAGUCCCCCGAGUCUUCCUGCAAAAACAUUGGUGGCUUAUCACAACGGGAUGGCAGAAGGCGUCGGACAGCAGCAGAGGCCAGACAUGGAGCCACAGCAAGACAUAUGUCUCACCAAUGGCUUCCACUCUCCUAAGACUGCAAGGUCGGUGCUGACAGCUGAGCAUUUUGAAAUCGAGGAUUCCAGACACUGCCCAUCAAUAGCAGGGAAGGCUGUCUCUGCUGGACUAUCUCCUGCACCCUUUGUUAACCCUGGCUUUGUCCACUCUACCUCAGCUGCUCACACAUAUCUGUGCCCUUAACCUCAUCCACACAGGAACAUUUCAGACUGUUUUUUUAAUUUUCCAGAAAGAAAUAUCCAUGAGAAAUAUUUUUAUGCACAUUAUCAUUGGAUUUCUUUCUCGUCCUUUCAUAGUUUUAUAGGUACUUUGAAUUCAUCAUUUCUGAUAUGUGGACAUUGUAUAAUGUAAACAAUAAGAAUAGUUUUUUUGCAGAGGUAAAGAACUGUUUUAGGUUGUACAUCUUUGUAGCUCUCAGAUUCUUACCAGAUCACAAGAAGGACAAGAAAGUUUGAACACAGCAGAGCAGAUAGAAGUGAAUUAUUGAGGGCUUUUCCCACUGUGUCACUAUUGAUUUUGUUCCACUCAGGUAGGACAUAUACCAGGAAGUGAUGGUGCAAAUGGACAGGGUUUCAUACCGGGGAGGGGAGGGUUGUUUAUUUUCCCUGGGGAUGGCUUUAUGGAUAUUCCCACAAUGUGACAUUGAGAAAUUAGCCUUAAAGAGUAUCUGCUUAUGUCCGAGUGCAGAACACCUACAUUUCUCCCCAGCAUUAUGCAGUUUCAGGGUCCAAAUACUUACAUGGGGAUUAUUGUUAGUACCACUCCUACAUAACAUGUACACACAUUUCCUGAGGGUAGAGUGUGGGGGGAUUGCAUUUCUAGGUGCAUUUGUAACCUCUGUAUAUUUUCUAUUCAGCAGAAGUACAAAUCAUGUCAAAAUAAAGUGAAGUAGAUUUGGACCAGAUGAUACCAUAAGCUCGUUUGGUAGGUCUGUUUAAACCAGGGAUGCUUGGUUUUAAAGGUUUAUUAAAAAGGGGAUAGCUCAUGUUAAAAGUACCUUAAUGUUGACUUUGAUAUCAUAUGCUGGUGGGAGAACAAACGUGAGAUUUUACAGCAGUUCAUCCUCAGACCACUCUCCGGACUUAGCUAAGCAGGGAUGCACCUCUGUCCAUACUGAUGUCAGAACACUGCACCGUUGGAUGAAACCAGUUCUUCUCUGUAUCAUGAUUUGAUUUAAAAAAAAAAAAAAGAAAUUAAGGUUGACUCCUACCCCAAGCCUGUCAGAUUCCAGUUUCAGCGGUGUGAAAAAGUAUUUGUCCCCUUACAGAUUUCUUCAGCUUUUGCUUUCUUUUUUUGGUCAAACUUAACGUUUCAGAUCAUCAAACUAUAAUAACAAACAAAAAUACUACUAAUAAUAAUAAUAACCAAAAAAAUAAUAAUAAUAAUACAUCUUAUUUACAAGUGCCUUUCAUAAUGGUCAAGGUCACUGUACUAAUGAAAACUAAAAAGCGACAACAAUGAGAACAGAUAGAAAACAUCAUCUAUGUAAUAUGGAACAGUACAAUCAUGAGGAGCAAGCAGUCUUGAAGAGAGUAUCAAUGCUAUGGACAUCUGAUGGAAGAGAGCUUGGGAGCAGAGCUUUCUCCUGGUCUGCUCGCCUUGGUCCUCUAUAGGAGGAUAGAGGAGGACAAUCUGAGGAAGUCGGAGGAGGUGGCCAAAUUGAUCCGAGGAAAUACAAAAAGCUAUUUUUAGAAGAAGGUUUACGUUUUUAAGGGAAAAAGCUAUCCAAACCAACCUGGCGCUAUGUCUAAUAAAUAAUUGCCCCCUAAACCUACUAAGUGGUUGCAUGCCUGUGCAAAUUCGCAGUUAUCAUUGAUUCAUUGCAACAGCAAACAGGCCUAAAUCAGAGACAACCAGGCUUUUGUUCAGUUCUUUCUGAAAACGUUUCGACACCUAUCCAGGAGAUUUUGUCAGUUCUGGUGGCUCCCACUUUAGCAACCUGCAGUAGGUGCGCUGCUGUUUGUAAGGACAUGGAGGUCCAUCCUCCUAGGUGCUUUUUAAGUCAGAUGCAAAUCAAUGACCCACCCGUCACUGUCCUGGGUCACUAUCGCUUGG